GAUUUGUCCACUCCCGUCCCGUCAACUCGAUGCCGCUUGCUCGACACGCGACCGGCAGCGCGACACGACAGACGACAAGGGACGAUACAUCGUCUUUCAAAAAGAAACGUGAAGCACAGGUGAAGAGAACCUGUCGAUUCUGUGACUGAGCUGCUGAAGAAGUGGAACUAGCUAGUGGUUCUUCAGGUUGUCACUCGUCUUUAGUGCCUCGAAUGGCUGCGCAUCAAGGUUCUCACUCAUUGACUGUUUGGUGAAUCCUUAACCCGUCAAUUGCUGCAUUAACAACCUCUUUCACCUCCAAUGCUCACGACAAGCAUCAGGCAAAAUGGCUGAGGAAAGGGAGACUUCUGCGGACCUCUUUGCAAUUCCCAAUUUUUGGCGGUCAUCGAGGUUUUUGGACCAAGACAAAGCAGCAAACCCUCUCUUUUCACCCAACUUGGAAAUAUCAGGUUCCUCCUUCCAGUUUCUUCCAUUCGGAAACCAAGACAAACCUCUGAAUUCUCUCAAACGCCCGCUACAAGAAGAGGGCCAGACCAGCUUCUUCAGACUACCUCCCGUUUUGCGAGAGGCCGCUCUCAGCGAUGAACCCCAGCUGUCUGACGAUCUCUUCUCCGAUGGCAUUGGCAGUGCUGGAAACGGGAAGAAGGGCGAAUCCCCGGCUGAUCUAGAUGACGAGGAGGAUUACUGGCUCACACUGGACGACGCCGAACCCAAAACACCCGAGUACAAGUCCUGGGAGGCAUUCAAUCCAACAGCGCACCACGGUCCAUCUGAUGUUGUCUUUAUCAGCGAGGCCGGACCUGUUGCUUUUGACGCGCUCAUAACCGAGAUCCCGGACGAUGGCACAGAGCCUGUCCCGGAUAUCCUCGACAAUGCCUUGUACUACGCCUGUCUGUUAGGGCUGGCACAGGGGAGAAGCUCUGUCCUCUUCUCGUGGGACUCUGAAAAGGGCUCGUUUGUCAAGACGGCACCCCACCUUAAGAUCUCGGGUGUCUCUGUUCAGUUGAUACAGGGAAUGGAUCAGCUUUGCCUUGACUGUGGAAAUGCCGUCAAGGCCCUUGGAAUCUUCUCCGAGUCGGCUUAUUUCGAAUCACCCACGCCAACAAGCGUGGCCCUAGCAAAAGUGGUAGAUCAACUGGUCUUGGCUGUCCAAACCGAGGUUGCUGCCCGCAGUAAGGCUGUCAGGUCCAUACUUCAGCUACAAUCUGUUGUCAUGCCGGCACACGCCAUCCUAACGUACUUCCACACGCUCAGCAACAAGCUGGCACAAGAGAAAACGGAAGAGGGAAUGCUCUCGUGCCUCUUCCGGGAAGCUCAGGCCGUUGAGUACCAAGGUGGCCUACUCCCUGAGGUCACCUGCGAGGUGCUACGGCUUGCCUCAAAGCCAUGGAUCGAAUUCGUCGAAGAAUGGAUCGGUCUAAAGAACGAAGAAGGCGCCCCAAUAUCCAAGACGGGUUCAGGGAAGUCCUUUGUCAAAGUGGCCGACAAGAUGUGGAUAGACGACCACGGCUUUGAGCUCGAGGAACCCGACUUCUUUCUAGAUGAGGACAGGAUGCCUUCAUUUGUGCCUCAAGACAUUGCCCGCUCCAUCUUCGACACUGGUCGUAAUCUGCGCUUCCUCAAAGAGCACCAUCCAGACCAUUUUCUCUCAAAACGAAAUGUCGUCGCACUUACCAAGCCACCCAAACUCGAGUGGCAAUUCUCCUGGGAUGCCAUCACGUUGUUGGAGAUGAGAGUGAACGAGUACAAAGCUGCAGUGACUCGCUUGGUGCAAAACGCAGCAUCAGGAGAUCAGUUCUCGACACGUCCAUCCACUACACACGAACCAAACGAGUACAAACUCACCUACUUCGGAAAGAGUGAGGAGGAAGUCGCUGCUGCUGUCCUCGCCUCAAUCAACCAGCUAGCUCAACCUCUCGACAACCACGAGUCCGACGAUGAGCUCACCACCAUGCUUCACAACCGCUUGUAUUCAACGUCAGAUCAACCCACCAACAAAGAGGAGGGCUUCAAUCCACACUGGUCCCUCGUUCCAUUGCUCUCUUUCGGCUCCCUCGUCGACACCCAGUCAAAGCUAGUCAACGAUGAAUGCAUGAAACUGCUCCUCGGCCCUCACAAGCUCCGAGUGCACACCAAUCUCAUGAGGCAAUACUUCCUCCUAGGCAACGGGAUGCUCUGCAGUCGUCUCUCCCACGCCCUCUUCGAUCCUGACCUUGAGUCCGCCGAGCGCAAAGCCGGCGUUGCCUUCAGCGGUGGUGUCAUGGGUCUCCGACUAGGCGGCCGAGAUACCUGGCCACCAGCCAGCUCCGAACUCCGUCUGGCGCUCAUGGGUGUUCUCUCCGAUUGCUACGAGCCGCCCGCUGGCGAGGACAGCGACGGACAAGAGGAGGAGGCGACAGGAACGGGCAAGUCCAUGCUUUCCCGCACCUACAGCUCCGAUCUACCCGGUGACCUAAGCUUCGCCGUGCGCGAUCUUACUUCGGAGGAGAUUAACAAGUGCAUGGACCCUGACGGCUUAGAAGCGCUAGACUUUCUACGUCUAUCGUACAAGGCUCCGUCAGGACUGCAGUAUAUCAUGACGCCCCUUGUCCUUUUAAAGUACGACCGCAUCAACAAGCACUUGCUCCGCAUUCUACGUAUGCUAUACGUAGUCAACCACCUCUCCCGCGACGUCCAACUGCUUGCCCGCCGCACUCGCCUCAGCAACGCCACCAUCCGCUUUUGCACGGAGGCGAACCACUUCGUUAGCAAAAUGGCGGCUUAUUUCUUCGACUCCGGGAUCACCACGAUCUGGAACCAGUUCGAGGAGUGGUUAGACUCGAUAGAAGCUGAGUUCCUCGGAACCCGAGCCGGCAGCGACGGUCACGGCGCCGACGACAGCGCCAGCGUCGAACAAACAGGGUCAGGCACCUCCCACCCCUCAUCCAACUCCAAAAACAAAAAAUCCUGCUGCUCCCCCGACCUAGUCAGCGACAAACAAUCCCACUGUCUAGACGAAAUCAUGUCAGCCCUCUUCUUACGAAAACGACAAACGCCCGUCCUUAAACUUCUAGAAGAGAUCUUCACCGUCAUACUGCGCUUCGCCAGACUAAUGCGUUCUCACAAUACCAACAACAAAAAACCAGCCACCACCACCACCACCACUAGCAGCACCAGCAAGAAAGGCAAAAGCAAAGAACAGGCCACCAGCAAAGACGGAGAGUACGCCGCCGACUCACCAGAAAGUCUUUACGCCAUGUUCAGGAAGAACGUAGAGGUUUUCUUGACGGUGUGUAAGGGGUUGGGUGAGAAGGCCGCUGCUGCUGCUAGUAAGAAUAAGGGAUAUGGACAUGGACAUGGAAAUGGGAACGUAUUGGGGAAAAGGGUAGGGGAGAGUCUGGCGGAGAUGAUUCCUUUGGCGUUGGACAUGAUGGGGUAUUAUGAGGGAGAAAAAAGGAGGUACCAGGGCUAAACUUUUCAUGGAACAAGUACAUACAAGGAUGGGAUGGGUUAUUAGGGCAAGAAAGGACAUGUAACAAUCGGUAUGGCUGCGUGGCAGUUGUUGUUGUUUGAUGGUGUUGAGUUAUCAAUUGGUUAAAUUAUGAAAGGGUAGAGCGGCAUGGCAUGGCGUGGUUAUGUUUACACUCACUCGUAGGAUAGAUAGCAGCAGGACUGAUACCCAUUUGCUUAGUUA